ACGAGAAUGACCACUUACGCCAGUUUCCAGCAAUACGAGGUGUUGGAUUCGGAGGGUUACGGGUCGGCGAGUAGCCCGGAAUCGAAUCCGCGUAGCUGGGCCCAACAGGAGAUAUACCCUCAACCACCGAGAUCUAGGGGUAGCAGUUGCGGGAGCGUGAGCUCGGUCGAUUGUCAGAAUCGCGAGUACCAGGAGAUCGGCGCGACGAACGCCACUUUCCGCUUGGCCGCCACCCCCGCUUCCUUCAACCUCGAAACCGAGUUCUACGAGUCCCCUUACUAUCAACAACAAGCUUGCCGGAACGAGCAUCAUCAUCAUCGCCAUCAUCAUCAUCAUAAUAACAAUAAUAAUCAUCAUCAUCAUCACCACCAUCAUCAUCAUCAUCAUCAUCAUCGUGAUCACGAAAUCGGCCACUCCUCGAGCGGAUGUAACUCGAGGACGAUGAGGGAGAAGAACGAGUGCGCGAACGUUUACGACGGAUGUGUGACCGUGGCUCGUGCCGAUUUCUCCACCACCAGUCAGGAUGGUAAACAGAACGUGCCGCCAAAAAUGGAUCAGCAACAUCAUCAUCAUCAUCAUCAGCGCAACAUGGAUACGGGGAACGACAGGUGCGAUUUCGUUGGGCAGAGCGAGGAGAGCUUCUUCGGUAUCCCGAAAGGUGAUGGUGGUUUUUUGGCUAGGAAUAAUAGCGGGGAGAACUCUUAUGGACAAAGAGGCGACAUUGUUUAUUUGGGUGGCACGUACACCCAUGUGCAGAGGAACGAGGGCUACGUUGUCGAGCAGGGCGAGGGGGAGGGCGGGAAGCGCGACACGGCCAGGUACCAGGGGAAGAUCGAAUACACGUCCGGUGAAAAGACAAGGGAGAACGUGCAUCACAACAGGAUGAAAAACGGGACGACGCCUGGUAUAGAGGUGUUGAGGAAGAGACGGCUGGCCGCGAACGCGCGGGAAAGAAGAAGGAUGAACAGUCUGAACGACGCGUUCGAUAGACUGAGGGACGUGGUACCUAGUUUGGGCAACGACAGAAAGCUGAGCAAGUUCGAGACUCUGCAAAUGGCGCAGACUUAUAUCGCGGCGUUGUACGAGUUGUUGCAAAGAGAGUGA